UCCGUCCUGGUUCUAGGAGCCGUCGGAUCUCAGGAGGGACCCUCUCAGGUUGGUGCUUCUUCUCCGCCUCGUUUAGGCUGCAUCCUCUCCUUUCUCUUUUCUCACGAGUCCUCCGACGAGCAGGGCGCCUCUGUCUCACAACCUCUCGGCACCAGCCGGGUGUCCUCUUCUCACUCCCUCUCUCUUCCGUCCUCUUACCCUUCUCUCCUUCCCUCUCCCUUAUUUCUGCAAACCCGAAGAUAUUAACCUUCUAUCUUUAUACUGAACUUUGCUUAUCUUCGGGGAUGGGGGGCUUCCGCUUCUAGGAAAUCAAUUCGACCCUACUCUUACGGUCUGUACCAGUCGGAUGCCCUACUGAUCCGGGACGCACGCGUGUUUCGUGGUGGGCUGAGGAAUUCCCGGUGCUACAGGCUCAUCCCCCAUUUUGACCCCUUGUACUAAAUACUUAGAAAAGACAAUUAAAAUAUGAAUACAUAGUAUGGAUAAUAUGGAACAUAUACUGCAGGGUAAGUAGGGCAGGUUCCCUUUUAACAGGUAUUACGAUAAAAAAAUCCCACGUUACGCGUAUGCUAACAGUCUGGCGGUCAUUAUUUGGCUGACCUGGACACGCCUAGGUGCUGCCCGAUACGGGGACAUAGUCACGGGGUUGAAGCAUAACGUGAUAACCCCAAAGCUAUAAAUAACACCAAAAACUACCAUUACACUCAAAAAACUGGACAGCUGGUAAGGUUCAAUUAAACACUAAAAGGUCUGUUUGAUAAAUAAUCCACAGUUAGUCAUUAUAAAAAUCCGGGCAUGUUUUGGUCAGUCCAGGCUCCAAAGACUCCAGGAAGUACAUGUUAAUCUGAAAAAUGUAACCAGCAGGGGGCGUUGUCAAAUAAACGUUGAAACAUGGGUAUGGCGGCCCCUGAAAGUUAAUAAAAAAAAAAAUUGAAGCGUAAAAAUAUGCACCCCAAUAAGAACAAAUUUAGAAAAGCCCGUGAAAAAGUUUUUGGGGUUUCCCAGGGGGUUUAAAAAAAACCUUUUUUAAACCUUUUUGGGCUCAAGGGGACAUCGGGCAGAGCGCUCCCGCGGCGCGGAAAAGGGCGGAUAGGACUCCUCUGAUCGCCCUCCCUACCUCCUACUUCCCUCUCCUCUCUCCUCUCUCCUCUCUCCUUAUCCCUCUCUAUCUUAAUUAUCUAGCUAACAAGGCCGAUAGGGAUAAUUAUGACAUUAUCUAUCAGUUAAUAGUGAUUAUUUUGACAUUAUCUUCAGGGUUGAUAGUUAGGGCUGCAUGUCAGCUUCUAAGGAACUAAAUUACAGAAACAAAAACAUAACCUCGUCUACAGGCUCAACUGCUACACAGUCGUCUGGCACCUAACUGAGAUGACGGGGACAGGGCAACAAUGCAGGGUGUGUCGUGGUGUGGGCUGAGGAAUAAACUGUGUGGACAGACAGCUACAGUGGGGUCCGAAAUUGAUUGACACCCUUGAUAAAGAUGAGCAUAAAUGACUGUAUAAAAUAAACAAUUAAAAAUACUGAGCUACAGGUAACUGACCAAAAUAAUGGAAACAGUUGAGUAAAUGAGGGAUACAAAUUAUAUUGAAAGCAGGUGCUUCCACACAGGUGUGGUUCCUGAGUUAAUAAACAUCCCAACAUGCUUAAGGGUCAUGUAUAAAAAAUCCUGGGCAGGUCAUUAUUUUGGCUACCAUGGCUACGCCCCCAUAGGAUGACAAUGCCCCCAUCCACAGGGCACGAGUGGUCAUUGAAUGGUUUGAUGAGCAUGAUAAACGAUGUAAACCAUAUGCCAUGGCCGUCUCAGUCAUCAGAUCUCAACCCAAUUGAACACUUCUGGGAGAUUCUGGAGUGGCGCCUGAGACAGUGUUUCCACCACCAUCAACAAAACACCAAAUUAUGGAAUUUCUUGUAGAAGAAUGAUGUCGCAUCCCUCCAAUAGAGUUCAAGACACUUGUAGAAUCUAUGCCAAGGUGCAUGGAAGCUGUUCUGGCUCGUGGUGGCCCAGCACUCUAACACACUUUAUGUUGGUGUUUCCUAUAUUUUGGAAGUUACCUGUACAUUGUAUGCUAAAACAUUUUGGGAAAUUGUAUUAUUUUGUACUAAUACAAUUGCUCAGAGAAAGAGAUUUUGUUUAACAAGUAAUAUUUUUGUUUCUCAAAAAGGGAGGGUUAAAAGUCAGCGCCAUUAUCCUCGCAAGGUGAGGUAUUGAAAGGUAUUGAAAACAGGGGUGUCAAUAAUUUUGACCCCUCCCUUUUUGAGAAACACAAAUAUUUAUUGUUAAACUAAAUCUCUUUCUCUGAGCAAUUGUAUUAGUAUAAAAUAAUAUAAUUAAAAAAAUGUUUGGAGCAUACAAUAUAGCUCAGUAUUUGAAUUAUUUAUUUCAUACAGUCAUUUUUGCUCAUCUUUAUACAGGGUGUCAAUAAUUUCAGACCCCACUGUAUAUAUUCUCCUUCGAGAUAGUGGCAUUUAGCUAGCGGAUCAUUCCCUGGUUCAUUCUUCCCCCCUCCGUUUUUGUCCCCUCCAAUGUAAGGAAGGAGCGAGUGGUGACCGUACAGAACACCCAGUAGAGAGAGAGAGAGAAGAUGAGGAGAGCAGAGAGAAGGAGAGAGACAGAGAGAGCCGAGAGGAGAUGAGAAGAGGAGAGUGACGAAGGAGAGAUCUAAGAGAGUUGAAGAGAGGGAGGAAGAAGGAGGAGGAGAGAGGGAGAGAGAGAGCAGAGAUGGAGACGAGAGAGCGAGAGGAGGAGGAGAGGUGAGGUACGAGUGAGAGAGAGGAGAGAGAGGAGAGAGAGAGAGAGAGAGAGAGAGAGAGAGAGAGAGAGAGGGAGAGGGAGCAGAAUGGAAUGUCUCUGAUUCUCAAUGUUCCGUCUCAGAACACAUGACAACAUGGAACUUCUAUCGUAAGGUGAGUACACAUUCUAUUGGUUCACACACCUGUUAUUAGAUAUUUCAUUCCUAAUACAUGUUUUAAUAUGACAUAUAUGUUUCAUUAACAUGUAUUUACAUUACAUACUGUAAAUCUUUCCUUACAUACUUGACUCAUUUAGGUUUAUCCUAUGGAUAAAAGUUGGAAAGUUAAGUUUUGGCUAUAUAUUUGUGUGUGCCUAGUUAUUAGUAGUUGUGUAAAACCCAGAGUCAUGGAGCAGGUUAGAGCGUACUGUAACAAGGUGAGUAGGACGGAGCCUGGCACAGGAGCUGUAAAUCAAAGAAUAGGGUUUUGUUAGGCCAAUUCAGCAGCAAUGCGUAAACCAAAUACAGUGCGUCUUAAAUGCGUUCUGGGAAAACAAAACACACGGGUGAAUAUCCCGGCGAUAAAAGUAACAUAAUGCUCAACACGAGCUAGCGACACCUCCACAUGGAACAAUAACACACAAAGACAUGGGGGAGCAGAGGGGAUAGUUAUACAGAGACUGAUGAGGGGAUAUGUACCAGGUGUGUGUGAAAAACAAGACAAACCAAGACAUCCACCGCAGGAUCUUCGGUCUGGCUCUGAUGCCACGGCGCCAGGACCGGCUGAUACCCUAAUACACAUUGAAAUGGAGAUAGGUUAGUGGAGGAGUGGCGGAGAGAGCAAUGGGCAUAUUCGGCCCAUGGCAAGACCCCCCAGACGUUCCAUGAACGCCUUCCAGACCCUAGACGUAAACUGGGGACCCCGGUCAGACACUAUGUCCUCUCUGGCACCCCGUAGUGCCGGAAGACGUGAGUAAAAAGGGCCUCCGCAGUUUGCAGAGCCGUGGGGAGACCGGGCAGAGGAAGGAAGCGGCAGGCUUUAGAAAAGCGGUCCACAACGACCAGGAUGGUGGCGUUACCCUGAGAGAAGGGAAGAUCAGUUAGAAAAUUGAUCGAUAAGUGAGACCAUGGCCGUUGUGGAACUGGUAAGGGAUGUAACUUACCCACUGGGAGGUACCUAGGUGCCUUACUCUGGGCGCUCACCGAGCAGGAGGAGACAUACACCCUCACGUCCUUAGCCAAGGUAGGCCACCAGUACUUUCCGGUCAGGCAGUGCACUGUACGGCCGAUGCCUGGGUGACCAGAGGAGGGGGACGUGUGUGCCCAAUAGAUAAGACGGCACGUACCGAAGCCCAGCUGGGCACUGAUGUGGAGAUGUCUCUGUGCGUAACGCCCGCUCUAUGUCCGCGUCCACCGCCCACACCACCGACGCCACAAUGCAGGAAGCCGGGAGUAUGGGGGUGUUAUCAAUGGGCCUCUCCUCUGUGUCAUACAGCCGUGACAGUGCGUCUGCCUUCACGUUCUUAGUGCCUGGUAUAUAGGACAGCGUGAAAUCAAACCGGGUGAAGAACAAGGCCCACCUGGCCUGGCGAGGGUUCAGCCUCCUCGAUGCCCGGAUGUACUCCAGGUUACGGUGGUCAGUCCAGACGAGGAAAGGGUGUUCAGCCUCCUCGCCGCCCGGAUGUACUCCAGGUUACGGUGGUCAGUCCAGACGAGGAAAGGGUGUUCAGCCUCCUCGCUGUCCGGAUGUACUCCAGGUUACGGUGGUCAGUCCAGACGAGGAAAGGGUGUUCAGCCUCCUCGCUGCCCGGAUGUACUCCAGGUUACGGUGGUCAGUCCAGACGAGGAAAGGGUGUUUCGCCUCCUCAAGCCAGUGCCUCCACGCGGUCAAGGCUCUGACAACAGCCAACAGCUCCCGAUCACCAACAUCAUAGUUCUGCUCCGCCGGGCUGAGCUUCUUAGAGAAGAAGGCACAGGGACGGAGCUUGGGUGGCUUGCCCGAGCGUUUGGAUAGGACAGCGCCUACCCCUACCUCGGACGCGUCCACCUCCACUACGAACGUCAAUGAGGGAUCGGGAUGGACCAGUACCGGGGCUGAGGUGAACAGAGCCCUCAGGGUACUGAAAGCCCUGUCAGCCUCAGCAGACCAGCGGAGCUGGGACAGCUCGCCCUUCAACAGAGAGGUGAUGGGGGCUGAGACCUUGCCAAAGCCCUGGAUAGACCUCCGAUAGUAAUUGGCAAACGCCGAAGCUUGCCCGAACAAGGAGAUGAGGCAGCUUCGGAGGGAGUCGUGACAGCGUAGUUAUAGAUCCAAUGGGCUUCGGGAGAAAAGGACAAGCAUCAGCAGUCUUCUGUCAGGCAGCUGAUAAAGGAGGAGGCAUAAAAUAAAAUAAUUAAGUGAUUGUAAUGGAAGGAAUAUUAAACACUAUCAAUUGUCUCUCCUAAACACAGCACAGCUCUGUAGCAGGGAUUCACUCACUGACAGGUAAGCAGACAAACAAAUAUUUAUGUGUUUAUUAUUUGGUAGUUAAUGAUAGUGAUUUUGGUGUUUUGGUGUUUUGGUCCUCUGUAGCUCAGCUGGUAGAGCACGGCGCUUGUAACGCCAAGGUAGUGGGUUCGAUCCCCGGGACCACCCAUACAAAAAAAUAUAUUAAAAAAAAUGUAUGCACGCAUGACUGUAAGUCGCUUUGGAUAAAAGCGUCUGCUAAAUGGCAUAUUAUUAUUAUUAUUAUAAAAGAAGAAUGCAAGGUUGUCACUCAAUGUUGCUGAACUUUUGAAGUUACCGUGCCUUGUGUAAGAAUGUUACUGAUAGGGACAGUCCAUAAAGUAGCUUAUGGAUUUUACAGUAGAUUUACAAAGAGCACGGUAGUCUCUAGAAGACUUUAUGAAAUACAUGGAAACUGAUAAAGGUUAUUGAUAAUGUUUCUGAUAUUAUACUGCUGAUCUUUCAAAUACUUUGAAGUAGUUUUUUAUGUAAUAAACUAUGUGGUAAAGACAGACAGUUUUAAAUUGAUUUCCAGUGUUUAUUUUCUUCAGUGUAUUUUUUGAACAGCAAAAUUAUUAGAAAGUGAUGUUCUUGAACAUGUAGUCUGAAAUGAUUCAGCGUUAGGGGUGAUCUGACAAUUAUUCACCGACAUGUUCACUCAUCCAUCCAUCCAUCCAUCCAUCCAUCCAUCCAUCCAUCCAUCCAUCCAUCCAUCCAUCCAUCCAUCCAUCCAUCCAUCCAUCCAUCCAUCCAUCCAUCCAUCCAUCCAUCCAUCCAUCUCUCUCCCCCCCCCACACCCUCACUGAUCCCCUUUUCUCUCUACCUUCUCUCUUCCUCCCCAACCCCUGACCCCUGACCCCUGACCCCAGUAGAAGGAUGACCUGCCACUCAUUGAGCUCCUUUGUUCGGAGCCUGUCCAGGAGAAAACCUCUGGAGCCCGAGGGAGAGGAGUCCACUUUCAACCGUUGUCUGACCACCCUGGACCUGGUGGCCCUAGGGGUGGGGAGUACCCUGGGGGCAGGGGUCUACGUUCUAUCUGGAGAGGUAUGGAUACAACUUCUUCUUAUUUAACUAACUUAUUUUAACGUAACACUGUUGACUUGGUGGCCCUAGGGGUGGGGACUACCUUGGGGGAGAUGUAUGGAUAUGACUUGGUGGCCCUAGGGGUGGGGACUACCUUGGGGGAGAUGUAUGGAUAUGACUUGGUGGCCCUAGGGGUGGGGACUACCUUGGGAGAUAUGGAUACAUAUCUGAUUGUUGCACUUAUCCUCUUCUCUUUUUCACCUUUUUACCUUUUAACACUUUUAAUGCUUUAACACUUAACCAUACGUAACACUUUAACGUAACACUCUAACGUAACACUUUAACGUAACACUUUAACGUAACAAUUCAACGGAACACUUUAACGUAACACUUUAACGUAACACUUCAACGUAACACUCUAACAUAACACUCUAACGUAACACUUCAACGUAACACUCUAACGUAACACUUUAACGUAACAAUUCAACGUAACACUUUAACGUAACACUUUAACGUAACACUUCAACGUAACACUUAACGUAACACUUUAACGUAACACUUCAACGUAACACUUUAACGUAACACUUUAACGUAACAAUUCAACGUAACACUUUAACGUAACACUUUAACGUAACACUUUAACGUAACACUUUAACGUAACACUUCAACGUAACACUUUAACGUUUAAAGACUCACUCCAACUAUUUUAUAACUUUUCCUGUUAAAAAACAUUGUGAAUACAGUAAGUACACUUAAGGGUAAAAAAAAUUAAGAUGUUUGGAGCAAAAUAAGAUUUUUUAGACACAACUGCAAACUUCACUGGAGUAGGCAAUUCCAGGAGUUGGUCUAAUGGUGCCCUCUGAUGUCACCUGUGUAAGGCAGGGUCGUACUCUCCGAAUGUUGUAGAGCAUGAACCUACAGGAUCGGGUCACCGCCUUGAUGUUAGCGGAGAACGACAGGGUGUUGUCCAGGGUCACGCCAAGGCUCUUCACACUCUGGGAGGAGGACACAACGGAGUUGUCAACCGUGAUGGCGAGAUCAUGGAACGGGCAGUCCUUCCCCGGGAGGAAGAGCAGCUCCGUCUUGCCGAGGUUCAGCUUGAGGUGGUCAUCCACACUGAUAUGUCUGCCAGCCAUGCAGAGAUGCGAUUCGCCACCUGGUUAUCAGAAGGGGGAAAGGAGAAGAUUAGUUGUGUGUCGUCUGCGUAGCAAUGAUAGGAGAGGCCAUGUGAGGAUAUGACAGAGCCAAGUGACUUGGUGUAUAGCGAGAAUAGGAGAGGGCCUAGAACUGAGCCUUGGGGGACACCAGUGGUGAGAGCACGUGGUGCGGAGACAGAUUCUCGCCACGCCACUUGGUAGGAGCGACCGGUCAGGUAGGACGCAAUCCAAGAGUGAGCCGCGCCGGAGAUGCCCAACUCGGAGAGGGUGGCGAGGAGGAUCUGAUGGUUCACAGUAUCAAAGGCAGCAGACAGGUCUAGAAGGACAAGAGUAGAGGAGAGAGAGUUAGCUUUAGCAGUGCGGAGAGCCUCCGUGACACAGAGAAGAGCAGUCUCAGUUGAAUGACCAGUCUUGAAACCUGACUGGUUUGGAUCGAGAAGGUCAUUCUGAGAGAGAUAGCAAGAGAGUUGGCUAAAGACGGCACGCUCAAGAGUUUUGGAGAGAAAUGAAAGAAGGGAUACUGGUCUGUAGUUGUUGACAUCAGAGGGAUCGAGUGUUGGUUUUUUGAGAAGGGGUGCAACUCUCGCUCUCUUGAAGACGGAAGGGACAUAGCCAGCGGUCAAGGAUGAGUUGAUGAGCGAGGAGAGGUAAGGGAGAAGGUCACCGGAGAUGGUCUGGAGAAGAGAGGAGGGGAUAGGGUCAAGCGGGCAGGUUGUUGGGCGGCCGGCCGUCAGAAGUCGCAAGAUUUCAUCUGGAGAGAGAGGGGAGAAAGAAGUCAAAGCAUAGGGUAGUUCAGUGUGAGCAGGACCAGCAGUGUCAUUUGACUUAACAAACGAGGAUCGGAUGUCGUCAACCUUCUUUUCAAAAUGGUUGACGAAGUCAUCCACAGAGAGGGAGGGGGGGGGGGGGGGGGGGGGGGGGGGAUUCAGCAGGGAGGAGAAGGUGGCAAAGAGCUUCCUAGGGUUAGAGGCAGAUGCUUGGAAUUUAGAGUGAUGCAAGAGUAAACAGUGCAAGACUGACAGGAACGACUCUUGACAGGAAUGAUAUGUUGGUCUAAAGCAAGGAGGGGGCUACUCUGAUGGUAUUUGAUGAAGGCAUUGGCAAAAUCUGGUGCUUUUAUCACAAAAUGAACAAUCAUUAGGAACAUUUUAGUUCAGCCGCCUCAUUACUUUAACACUUUAACUUAACACUGUAACACUUACAUUUACAUUUAAGUCAUUUAGCAGACGCUUCUAUCCAGAGCGACUAACACUUCAACACUUAAAGGAGAAUUGUGCUUUUUUACAACCAAAUCUCAAUUUUUUAUGUAAAUGGCAUGUUACAGAAGGGUGCGAUUUCAUUUGUUUUUGAGAAACUUACCCCAACCAGUGAAUCACUUCCUCAUUCUCUCUGUGCAGUACGGGGGCUCUGAAAAAACAUGAACAAAUGCUCCAAAAAUACUUUACAUUUUAGAAACGGAAACGCUCUGUGUAGUGAUGCAGGUCUUUAGAUGCUGUACACAUGAAAUUGUGUCAUUUCGAACAUAAUAUUUUAUUUUGUUUGCGACUUGAGCGAUACCGCUCCGUCCAUUCAAGCAGCAGGCUACAUGGAAAAUGGAACAACUGGAAAGGAAUGCACAAUGAGGAUGAGGAAGUGAAUGGCUGGUUGAGGUAAGUAAAAUAAAAAAAAGUGUCUGGAUCUUUCUAUAACGUUCUUGGGAGUUUUCACUUGCCACUGGGCUUCUGCUUCUGCAUUGCUUGCUCUUUGGGGUUUUGGCCGGGUAUCUGGAAACGGGUGAUGUAAAAAGGGCUUUAUAAAAUCAAUUUAAUUGAUUUAUCAUGUCUAUUAGGUUGCUAGGACGUCGUCAGGUCCCAGCAUCAUCAUAUCCUUCUUCAUCGCUGCCUUGGCCUCCAUCUUUGCCGGCUUGUGCUACGCUGAGUUUGGGGCCCGCGUCCCCAAAACGGGGUCUGCGUAUCUGUACAGCUAUGUGACGGUGGGAGAGCUACUGGCCUUUAUUACCGGGUGGAAUCUGUUGCUGUCCUACGUCAUAGGUAAGAUACAACACCAUAAUACUUCAUUCUAGUUCAGGCGUUUUAUUAGGUACACCACCCCGUUCACGAAAAAUGGAUUGCUUCCACAGUCACGUGGCUUGCUAUGUAAAGCAGGCAGACAGGCAUCCAGUUACUGAUCGACUGAACGUUAGAAUGGGCAAAACGAGUGACCUAAGUGACUUUGAUCGUCGGUGCCAGACGCGCCGGAUCCAGUAUCUCAGAAACGGACGCCCUCCUGGGCUUUUCACGUAUGACAGUGUCUAGGGUUUACCGAGAAUGGUGCGACAAACAAAAAAAACAUCCAGUCAGAGGCAGUCCUGUGGGCAAAAAUAGCUUGUUGAUGAGAGAGGUCGAAGGAGAAUGGCAAGAAUCAUGAAAGCUAACAGGAGGGCCACAAACAGACAAAUAACGGCGCAGUACAACAGUGGUGUGCAGAACGGCAUCUCGGAAACACACAACUCGUCGCUCCUUGUCACGGCUGGGCUAUAGCAGCAGACGACCACACCGGGUUCCUCUCCUAUCAGCUAAAAACAAGAAGGAGCAGGCCAUCACCAACACUGGACAAAACAUCGCCUGGAACAUGACAGUGAGUUCAGUUUACUUGAGCGGCCUACGCAGUCCCCAGACCUCAACCCAAUAGAGCAUCUUUGGGAUGAGAUGGAACGGGCUGUUUGCAGCAUGAAUGUACCACCGUCCAAUCUGCAGCAACUGUGUGAUGUCAUCACGUCAGCAUGGACCAACAUCCCUCUGGAAUGUUUCCGACACCUUGUAGAAUGCCCUUAAGAAUUCAGGCUAUUCUGGAGGGAAAGGGGGGUCCGACCCGGUACUAGAUGUGAGUGUAUAUCUAUAUUGAGGCAUAAACAACAUGUUUACAUUAUUAUUAGUAUAACAUUGGCUCCCGAGUGUAACGCAAAACGUUUUGUCUCAGUGCAUGGGAACAUUGAGAACCAUAAAUGAUCAACCAUAAACACAAGACUGUCUUCCUUUAACUUUUCAUCUCUGACUUUAACCCCCUGCAGUAAAAUGUUGAUUCACCAUCAUCCAUUUAUUUGUUCCAGCAUAGUACAGAGUGUGGUGGAGAAAUCAGAAUUAGCUAGGUAACAUAGAUAAUUAAGACGUCUUAUCUGCAGAAUAUGCUUAUGUGAUUGAACUGUUGAACUCUUGAUAUUAGAGUUCAGCUGCACUUCCUCCCUGAUAUGGGCCUCAGUCACCUGGGGCCCAGAGAGGGGAGAGGUCAGGCUUGUCUAUCACAUGUCCCUGUUGCUAUGCGGAAUACCAGAAAGAGAAUAGGCCAAAGGAGGUCAGAAGGAAACAUUGUUUCCAUACGUGAAUAUGUGUCUUUGCCUAUUGCAAACCAUGUGAAGGGAAAGGCGUGAGGAAUGGGAACAAAUCUCUUGUCUCCACAAUGUCUGUGUGUCAGUCACCCCCCUCCUUUGGGCCUUGGGGGAGAUUGUUCUCUCCCCUGGUUCCCUUUCUGGAAAAGGUGGAAACUAACUAACAACAAAUGUCCUUCUAAAUUCUUAGUACUGAACAAAACAAUGAGUUGUUUGUAUUUGAGGCUAAGGUCUGGCACAGGAUGUGUGGGGUUAGUGUCUGGAACCAUUGUAUGUUAUCUCUGAGGUUGCACCUAUCCUGACCCAUCCUGAGAUGGUACAUAACCCAGAGGCUCGCUCCACUCAGUGGGCUCUCGCUCUAUUCACUUUGGUGUGGGUAUUGUGACCAGCUCCCUUAUCAAUAUGUUUUUAAUAAAGUUAAUAUUCUGAUUGGUGAUUCACCUUGUCUCUCCUCAUUAUUGAUUAAAAUAUCCACCAGAGGGGUAGAGAGAGAGAGAGAGAGAGAGAGAGAGAGAGAGAGAGAGAGAGAGAUAUAAUAGAGAGAGAGCGAGAGGAGAGAGAGGAGAGAGAGAGAGAGAGAGAGAGCAGAGAGAGAGAGAGAGAGGAGAGAGAGAGAGAGAGAGAGAGAGAGAGAGAGAGAGAGAGAGAGAGAGAGAGAGAUUGUACAGCAGUUUCAACCAGUAGGUCCUAUAGUAUGCUAUUUUAAAACCAACUCCAUGGCAGUUAAGUUAGCGCCUCCUGGGCAAUACUGACCCAUAAAAACUAAUUUGAUAGUUAAGAGUCCAGCCCUACUCACAGAAGUGACCUAUCUGAGAUACCUAACCUUAACCAACUGGAGUAAUUGACCUAAGCUUAACCAAUCACAUUUCUUGCCUAAACUUAACCAAUCACAUUAAUAUCUGCCCUCUCUGUAUGUACAAUAUCACACAACACAGUAAAAUUAUCAUGCGUUAUCUUCUCAGGGACACUGCAUGAUAAAACGAUGAGUACUGAUCGAUGGAUUGAUCGUGUAGCACUUUACAGUCGUACCCAUAUACGGGUUGAAAAUGGCAGAUGAGGGGGCACUGAUACACGGCUAAAUUGCAACGCUUGUGGCUGUACAGUAACAUGCUAUAAAUGACAUCAUAGAUGUUUAUUAUUAAAAGAUUAUAAAUGCUGAAUGGGUUUUGACUGACAGCAUCGUAUGCAACGAUACGUUUUCCCCAUCCCUCCUGCUAAUUGGGCAACUUGCUUUACUGCCUGAGUGAGGGAAAUGCUGUAAAUUAAGACGACUCGACGUAUUUUGAAAGAUGACAUUUUGAAGUUUAUAAUAAAUGCCGCUUUGAUGUCAUGCACCCCUGAGUCCAAAUGUGCACUUCACAUAACAUAAAACUCGUGGCGUAUACAGUGUCAACAUUUAUGAUCACUAUGUUUAAUGUACAGUUGCAAGAUGACAUGGGUGUCAUACCCUGGGAUUGUUCUGAACAGAAUGAGCCUAUGUUUGUUUAUUGUAAUUCCCCCGCGGCACCUGAAUGCACUCAGGACUCCUUUCUAUGGGCACCAAAAUUACCAUCUGUUUCUCUGAUUUGCCUUGUGAAAUAGAACAAGCUUUCAAAUGAGGCCCACCAGAUUGCGAUUUAUAAUGGGCCAGUUUUUUGGAUCGCGUAAACAACAACAGUAACUGUGUGAUGGCGGGGAUGCAGGGCUGCGUUCCAAACAAAACAACUACCAGUGUGCUUGCUCUAGUUCCUCAACAGCACAGCUAGGAGAGCUAAAAAAAAAGCACCUUAUAGUUGAAGACUCUUCUUUGAGUCAUAAAAGUGCAUUCAAAUUACUUAGCAACUGUGUACACUUUGAAGAGGUGUGUGGCCACUUGGAGACACCAGUUAGUCCUCUCACUCAAACCCUUGGCAUUUCUUUUGUCUUAUGUUGUACCUACCCCACGUUUUCCACUAAUAUUCUUAUCAUGUUACUGAAUGUAUCCGGAGUAUUUCGUUAUCAACAUAUUGUGUCGAAAAGUACAGUAAAUGUAAAAUGCACAUAAAAUCAACAGUUUAAUGUUUGAGGAUUCAGUCUUGUUUCAGGUGAACUGUUGUGUCCUCAACUUUGGUCUAAUCAUUUUCCCAUAAUCUCCAACGGUUCCGUUGCAGUUGCUACCAUGGUUAUGCACGUGCUUUUCAUCUGUCCUCUGUAAGAAACAUAUCCAUAAAGGCCAAUUGUUGAUUGAUUGAUUGAUUGAUCCAUCUAUGGUCAUAUGGCUAAUCUCCUCUUAUCAUUAUCUUCUCAGGAACGUCCAGUGUGGCGAGGGCUUGGAGCGGAACCUUUGAUGACCUCAUCGGCAACGUCAUGGGGAAGUUCUUCAAAGAAAACCUAUAUAUGGGCCUCCCGGGCCUCGCAGAAUACCCAGACUUCUUUGCUGCUGGGCUCAUUAUGCUCCUGGCAGGUAAACUGAAUCUGAUGAUUGAUUGAUUGAUUGAUUGAUCAUUCGUUCGUUUAACAACAUAGAGACAUUAAAACUGUCUGGUACUGAUGAUGAUGGUGAUGAUGGAUGACGAUGAUGAUGGCUGACGAUGACGAUAAUGAUUAUGGUGAUAACGAUGAUGAUGAUGGUGAUGAUGAUGAUGGUGGUGGCGAUGAUGAUGGUGAUGAUGAUGGUGAUAACGAUGAUGGAUGACGACGAUGAUGAUGAUGAUGAUGAUGGUGAUGAUGACGAUGAUGAUGAUGAUGAUGGUGAUGAUGAUGAUGGUGAUGAUGAUGAUGGUGGUGGUGGAGAUGAUGAUGAUGAUGAUGAUGGUGAUGAUGAUGAUGGUGAUGGUGGUGGAGAUGAUGAUGAUGAUUAUGGUGGUGAUGAUGAUGAUGAUGAUGGUGAUGAUGAUGAUGAUGAUGAUGGUGAUGAUGAUGGUGGUGAUGAUGAUGAUGAUGAUGAUGAUGGUGAGGAUGUUGAUGAUGAUGGUGAUGGUGAUGAUGAUGAUGAUGAUGAUGAUGAUGGUGAUGAUGAUGAUGGUGAUGAUGACGAUGAUGAUGAUGAUGGUGAUGAUGACGAUGAUGAUGAUGAUGAUGAUGAUGGUGGUUGAUGAUGAUGGUGAUGAUGAUGAUGAUGUGAUGAUGGUGAUGGUGAUGAUGACGAUGAUGAUGAUGAUGAUGAUGGUGAUGGUGAUGAUGACGAUGAUGAUGAUGAUGAUGAUGGUGAUGGUGAUGAUGACGAUGACAAUGACGAUGACGAUGAUGAUGAUGAUGAUGAUGAUGAUGAUGAUGAUGAACACAUGUUCCAUGUGUUUCCGUCCUGUGAAGGUCUGCUGGCCUUUGGUGUCCAGGAAUCGGCAAUAGUCAACAAGAUCUUCACGGCCAUCAACAUCCUGGUGCUUCUGUUUGUCAUUGUAGCGGGCUUCGUCAAGGGAGACAUCGGCAACUGGCAGAUCAAUCAGGAGGCGCUCAUCAACGCUACAGCAGAAUUCCAGUAUGCAAUAUCCUUCAUUAUACCAAACUUGCUAGCAACAUCAGUGGAUGUUGAACACGUUUCUACAGGCAAACGUGUGUGAGUGUGUUAUAGCAGUGGUAUUAGCAGGAAAUACUAGCGUGAAUCUUUCAACCGAGAUUUCUGGAAAACCAGGGAAGAUUGGGAAAGUUACCGAGUUUUGCAACCCUGUAUAUACAGUACCAGUCAAAUGUUUGGACACACCUACUCAUUCCAGGGUUUUUCUUUAUUUUUACUAUUUUCUACAUUGUAGAAUAAUAAUGAAAACAUCAAAACUAUGAAAUUACACAGAUGGAAUCAUGUAGUAACCAAAAAAGUGUUAAACAAAUCAAAAUAUAUUUUAUAUUUGAGAUUUUUCAAAUCACCACCCUUUGCCUUGAUGACAGCUUUGCACACUCUUGGCAUACUCUCAACCAGCUUCAUGAGGUAGUCACCUGGAAUGCAUUUCAAUUAACAGGUGUGCCUUCUUAAAAGUUAAUUUGUGGAAUUUCUUUCCUUCUUAAUGCGUUUGAGCCAAUCAGUUGUGUUGUGACAAGGUAGGGGGGGGUAUACAGAAAAUAGCCCUAUUUGACCAAGUCCAUAUUAUGGCAAGAACAGCUCAAAUAAGCAAAGAGAAACGACAGUCCAUCAUUAAUUUAAGACAUGAAGGUCAGUCAAUACGGUAAAUAUCAAGAACUGUCAAGAAUGUUUCUUCAAGUGCAGUCGCAAAAACCAUCAAGCGCUAUGAUGAAACUGGCUCUCAUGAGGACCGCCACAGGAAUGGAAGACCCAGAGUUACCUCUGCUGCAGGGGAUAAGUUCACUAGAGUUACCAGCCUCAGAAAUUGCAGCCAAGUCACAGACACAUCUCAACAUCAACUGUUCAGAGGGGACUGUGUGAAUUUGAGAUUUUUGGUUCCAACUGCGUGUCUUUGUGAGACGCGGUCUGGGUGAACGGAUAAUCUCCGCAUGUGUAUUUCCCACCGUAAAGCAUGGAGGAGGACGUGUAAUGGUGUGGGGGUGCUUUGCUGGUGACACGGUCUGUGAUUUAUUUAGAAUUUAAGGCACACUUAACCAGCAUGGCUACCACAGCGUUCUGCAGCGAUACACCAUCCCAUCUGAUUUGGGCUUAGUGGGACUAUCAUUUGUUUUUUAACAGGACAAUGACCCAACACACCUCCAGGCUGUGCAAGGGCUAUUUUAUCAAGAAGGAGAGUGAUGGAGUGCUGCAUCAGAAGACCUGGCCUCCACAAUCCCCCGACCUCAACCCAAUUGAGAUGGUUUGGGAUGAGUCGGACCGCAGAGUGAAGGAAAAGCAGCAAACAAGUGCUCAGCAUAUAUGGGAACUCCUUCAAAAAAGACUGUUGGAAAAGCAUUCCAGGUGAAGCUGGUUGAGAGAAUGCCAAGAGUGUGCAAAGCUGUCAUAAAGGCAAAAGGGGUGGCUAUUUGAAGAAUGUCAAAUAUAAAAUAUAUUUUGAUUUGUUUAACACUUUUUUGGUUACUGCAUGAUUCCAUAUGUGUUAGUUCAUAGUUUUGAUGUCUUCACUAUUAUUCUACAAUGUAGAAAAUAGUACAAAUAAAGAAAAACCCUGGAAUGAGUAGGUGUGUCCAAACAUUUGACUGGUAGUGUAUAUGUCCUAUGUUGUGACCUCUCCAGGAAUCUAACCUCUACAGUCAAUGUGACCAGUAUAUAUGGGGAUGGAGGGUUCUUCCCCUACGGUUUUGAAGGGACAAUCUCCGGAGCCGCUACCUGUUUCUACGCCUUCGUAGGCUUCGACUGCAUCGCCACAACAAGUAGGCCUGCUUUGAUCUUUGAACACGCACGGACACACUAACCCAUAUAUACAUCAGAAACAUAUUCCAUCCUACAGAAACAUUGAUAAAGCCAGGUGCUUCUCCAAGCUUUGUCCAUACAGUAUCUUUGGUAAUGUCUACUCUACUCAGAAUACCUUUUGGGUGAAUAUUUAGGCAUACUCUAAGAGUCGAUAUUCCACACGAUUCAACUUUGCUUGCUUAAUUGACCAAUAUUGGCUGAUUGAUUGGUCGACUGAUCGACCAAUCUACUGAUUGACUGAUCGGCCAAUCGACUGAUGGACUGAUUGAUUGGCAGCGCUGCAUUAAUUAAUUAAUUCAUUGUCUCUCUCCAGGUGAGGAGGUGAAGAACCCUCAGAAGUCCAUCCCGCUGGGCAUAGUGGCAUCUCUCCUCAUCUGUUUCCUGGCCUACUUCGCAGUGUCAGCGGCCCUCACACUGAUGAUGCCCUACUACAUGCUCAACGUUAACAGCCCGCUGCCCGUGGCCUUCGAGUACAUCGGCUGGGCGCCCGCCAAGUAUGUGGUGGCUGUCGGCUCGCUCUGCGCCCUCUCCACCAGGUAGGUAGGAGAACACGGGAAGUCACUGGUCAGUGAUGUCACCAUGCAUCAUUACAGUUGGUCGGUUGGCCUGUCUGUCUGUCUGUCUGUCUGUCUGUCUGUCUGUCUGUCUGUCUGUCUGUCUGUCUGUCUGUCUGUCUGUCUCCAUUCUAAAAAGAUAUAAACCAUAUUUACCAGGGUGCAAAUGCUUUGUAAAUCUGGCCUCGUGUAUUCUGUUGUUAUAGUUGUUUUGCUGAGAUUGUAACAUGGCCCUGUGCUGAGUCUGCAUGCCAAAUGGCACCCUAAUCCCUAUGUAGUGCACUACCCCUGGUCAAAAGUGCACUAUAUAGGGAAUAGUGUGCCAUUUGGGACACAACCUGUGACUGUAACAUGACUGAUGGCUAUCUGCGUCUGUCUGUCUCCUGUGACUGUAACAUGACUGAUGGCUAUCUGCGUCUGUCUGUCUCCUGUGACUGUAACAUGACUGAUGGCUAUCUGCGUCUGUCUGUCUCCUGUGACUGUAACAUGACUGAUGGCUAUCUGCGUCUGUCUGUCUCCUGUGCCUGUAACAUGACUGAUGGCUAUCUGCGUCUGUCUGUCUCCUGUGACUGUAACAUGACUGAUGGCUCUCUGCGUCUGUCUGUCUCCUGUGACUGUAACAUGACUGAUGGCUAUCUGCGUCUGUCUGUCUCCUGUGACUGUAACAUGACUGAUGGCUAUCUGCGUCUGUCUGUCUUCUGUGACUGUAACAUGACUGAUGGCUAUCUGCGUCUGUCUGUCUCCUGUGACUGUAACAUGACUGAUGGCUAUCUGCGUCCGUCUGUCUGUCUCCUGUGACUGUAACAUGACUGAUGGCUAUCUGCGUCCGUCUGUCUGUCUCCUGUGACUGUAACAUGACUGAUGGCUCUCUGCGUCCGUCUGUCUGUCUCCUGUGACUGUAACAUGACUGAUGGCUAUCUGCGUCCGUCUGUCUGUCUCCUGUGACUGUAACAUGACUGAUGGCUCUCUGCGUCCGUCUGUCUGUCUCCUGUGACUGUAACAUGACUGAUGGCUCUCUGCGUCCGUCUGUCUGUCUCCUGUGACUGUAACAUGACUGAUGGCUCUCUGUGUCUGUCUGUCUCCUGUGACUGUAACAUGACUGAUGGCUCUCUGUGUCUGUCUGUCUCCUGUGACUGCAACAUGACUGAUGGCUAUCUGUCUGUCUCCUGUGACUGUAACAUGACUGAUGGCUCUCUGCGUCCGUCUGUCUGUCUCCUGUGCAGUCUGUUGGGUUCCAUGUUCCCUAUGCCCCGCGUACUGUUUGCUAUGGCCAGAGACGGCCUCCUCUUCAAGCCCCUCAGUAAAGUCAGCGCCAGACAGAGUCCCGUCAUCGCUACCCUCUCCUCCGGGGUCGUGGCAGGUAACACCCCAUCGAUCUCUAUCUCUCUCUACCCUCUCCUCCGGGGUCGUGGCAGGUAACACCCCAUCGAUCUCUAUCUCUCUCUACCCUCUCCUCCGGGGUCGUGGCAGGUAACACCCCAUCGAUCUCUAUCUCUCUCUCUCUCUCUCUCUCGAUUUCGCGAUCUCCCGAUUUCCCGAUCUCCCGAUCUCCCGAUCUCUCUCUCUUCCUCUCUCUCUUGUAGAGAUAUAAAUAGUUUAUUGUGUUUGGACUAUGAUAUCUUUUGUGUAAUGAUUUAUUUAAAAUAAAUACUUGAAUGCUUGUUUUGUUUUCCUUUCCAGCGAUAAUGUCCCUGGUGUUUGACCUGAAAGCAUUGGUUGAUAUGAUGUCAAUUGGGACACUCUUUGCCUACACACUUGUGGCUAUAUGCAUUCUUAUACUUAGGUAAGUAUUUCACAAAUAUCCAAACUUAGAUAAACAGCUGUCCUCUAUUUAGCAAAAUAAAUAGAUUUAGCAAAAUAAACGGUACUAAGUUGACUUUAUAACAUCUAGGUACCAAGAGACCCAAUCAGAAGACUCAGAUCUCCAGAUCCUUGAAUCAAACACCAAGUUUGGUUGUCUCAAACCACCAUCAUUCCCAACAUCGGGCACCUCGAAAACAGUCACAAAUUUGACUGUAUUUUCUGGUAAGCAAAACGGUUUGAGAAGAAAUCUCCAGUAGAUCUAUCUUUAAAGUUGCCACUUUAUAACAAUGACGAAUAAUAUUAUUCAAAGAUCUUCUACAUUUUAAAGGUACUGGAGUAUCUGCAGUGUAACAUGAUGUAGCCUUCCACCUUUCUUUCGGUCAUUCUUCCCUCGGCCUACUCUCUCUCUGUUCAGAUGUUCUUCCAUCGGCCUACUCUCUCUCUGUUCAGAUGUUCUUCCCUCGGCCUACUCUCUCUCUGUUCAGAUGUUCUUCCAUCGGCCUACUCUCUCUCUGUUCAGAUGUUCUUCCCUCACCCCCUUCCUCUCUCUCUCUGUUCAGAUGUUCUUCCCUCGGCCUACUCUCUCUCUGUUCAGAUGUUCUUCCAUCGGCCUACUCUCUCUCUGUUCAGAUGUUCUUCCCUCACCCCCUUCCUCUCUCUCUCUGUUCAGAUGUUCUUCCCUCGGCCUACUCUCUCUCUGUUCAGAUGUUCUUCCAUCAGCCUACUCUCUCUCUGUUCAGAUGUUCUUCCCUCGGCCUACUCUCUCUCUGUUCAGAUGUUCUUCCAUCGGCCUACUCUCUCUCUGUUCAGAUGUUCUUCCAUCGGCCUACUCUCUCUCUGUUCAGAUGUUCUUCCAUCGGCCUACUCUCUCUCUGUUCAGAUGUUCUUCCAUCGGCCUACUCUCUCUCUGUUCAGAUGUUCUUCCAUCGGCCUACUCUCUCUCUGUUCAGAUGUUCUUCCCUCACCCCCUUCCUCUCUCUCUCUGUUCAGUUGUUCUUCCCUCACCCCCUUCCUCUCUCUCUCUGUUCAGAUGUUCUUCCAUCGGCCUACUCUCUCUCUGUUCAGUUGUUCUUCCCUCACCCCCUUCCUCUCUCUCUCUCUCCAGUGGUGUGUGUGUGCGGUCUGUGUGUCCUUCUGACCCAAGCCAUGGACGCUCUACAGAGGCAGGAGAUCUGGAGCCUGGUGUGUGUGUCCAUCGUAGCCUUCAUCCUCCUGGUCCUCGUCAUCAUCAUCUGGAGGCAUCCACAGAACCAAGCCAAGGCUGCUUUCAUGGUGAGGAGCACCGUGGGAAGAUGAACACCGGCAUAUAGAGGACAUUAUCACAGGCUAUUCAAACAUCGCUGAUUAGAGGACGUUAUCACAGCCUAUUCAAACAUCGCUGAUUAUAGGACGUUAUCACAGCCUAUUCAAACAUCGCUGAUUAUAGGACGUUAUCACAGCCUAUUCAAACAUCGCUGAUUAUAGGACGUUAUCACAGCCUAUUCAAACAUCGCUGAUUAUAGGACGUUAUCACAGGCUAUUCAAACAUCGCUGAUUAUAGGACGUUAUCACAGGCUAUUCAAACAUCGCUGAUUAGAGGUCAUUAUCACAGCCUAUUCAAACAUCGCUGAUUAUAGGACGUUAUCACAGGCUAUUCAAAUAUCGCUGAUUAGAGGACGUUAUCACAGGCUAUUCAAACAUCGCUGAUUCACAAUAAUUAUCAACCAUUAUCAGAUGCAGCCUAACAGAUCGUAAUUUCACUCAACCCCAAUGUUUUUGAACUCCAGAACGUUUACCUUUGGGCCCAGACCCUGUGUGAUGCAUUGUUAGUGUCUUUAUUUUUGACAUUCUAGUAAAGUUAUCUUACCCCCUGCCCUCUGCUACCAGGUGCCCUUCCUGCCUGUGCUGCCGGUAGUUAGUGUGUUUGUCAACGUCUACCUGAUGGUCCAGUUAGGAGGAGACACCUGGAUGCGAUAUGCCAUCUGGAUGGCCGUAGGUAAGUAUUCUACCCAACACUUCUCUGCCCAAUAACACAUGCCACAAGCACAGGCUGGUGGGGAUGGAUGGGUCAUUUUCUUGGGGGUAUCUGACCUUAUAUCAAUAGGAGUGUGGGUUGUCUAAAGUGGGUUGGAGGCUAUACAGUAUGUCGGAGGGUUGAGGGGUGGGUUCUCUAUGUUUUAAGAUUGUAAACGCUGAUCUUCUACUCUCUCGCUCUCUCUCUCUCCAUCUAUCUCGCUCUCCCUCUCUCUCGCUCUGUAGGUUUCCUCAUCUACUUUGGUUAUGGGAUCCGUAACAGCGUUCAGAAGCAGAGGAACCAGACCAGCCAGGUGAAGAUUGACACCAUCAGCAGUAUGAUGGAGAAGGAGGCCUUCAAAGAAGAGAAAUUCUGAGGCUGAGUGGAAAGGACAGCACAGGACAGGACAACACAGGACAGGACAGGACAGGACAGCACAGGACAGGACAGCACAGGACAGGACAGCACAGGACAGGACAACACAGGACAGGACAACACAGGACAGGAGCGGAGUGGACAGAAGAGAAGAAGAGAGGACAGGACAGAAGACCGAGAGAGACAGGACCGGAACACUGGCUGUCGCGGACAGGCCAGGCUGGCUUGGACUGGAGCUGACCGGCGCGGGCCCUCCCACGGCCUGGCGCUGACAGGCCAGAACAGGACUGGAGCUGCACAGGACCGACGCGCGAGAGAGAGUGAAGCGAGAGAGGAGAGGAGAAGGGAGGAGAGGGAGGUGAGAGAGAGAAGAGGCAGGAGCGAUGAAAGAGAGAGAGAGGGAGUGGGGUGA